CACACCGGGAUCAUACCGAAAAUAGACAGGUUUUAGAGAGUUCUUUUACAUUUCACAAAAGUCAGCAAUAUAUUAAUGUAUCUUAUGUGUAAUGCCAUAAUUAAAGUUUUGAAGUUGAUUUCUCAGCUGAACUCAAUAUGUUACGUUUCUUGAAUUCAAGAGAAUCGGGCGUCAGUGACCCCAUACAGUUUUACAGGGCAGAAACCACAAGGCGAGUUUUCAAUCUUGGUCUCAGUGAAAAUAAAGAGUUUGAAAGACUGUUUGCUGGAAACAUCAACACGUUAGAUGUGGACCUUAUUGAAAGCAGAUAUCUUUUAGCUGGCGGAGCUGAAGGUUUCAUUAUGAUUUAUGAUGUUUAUAACAACACUGGGAAUGUCAAAUAUAAAUGUAACUCUGUUGGAACAAUUGCCCUCAACAGCCGACAUAGACACAAAUUUAGUGUGGAGACUGUACUAUGGUAUCCAUUAGACACAGGAAUGUUCACAUCAAGUGGUACUGACAACCUUCUUAAAAUCUGGGAUACAAACAGGCUUAAGCCUGCAGAUCAGUAUGAGUUUAGCAGUGUUGUAUUCAACCAUCACAUGUCUCCCAUAGCAACAAAACAUUGUUUAAUUGCCGUAGCAACACAGAGUUCCUCUGUCAAGCUGGUCGAUCUAAAAUCUGGCUCUGCUACACACAGUCUGAAAGGGCACAGCAAGGGUGUUUUUAAUGUAAAGUGGUCACCCUAUCAUGAAUUUGUCUUGGCAUCUGCUGGUUCUGACAAUAGAAUUUUCCUGUGGGACAUAAGAAAUGCAAAGGGGAGUAUGUUAGAUUUUGACCAAUAUAAUGGAAGGCCACCUAAAGACAUGAUUAACAAUGGGUUGACAUCACAUAAUCGACCAGUGACUGGCGUUCAGUUUUCUUCAGAUGGUUUACGUCUUGUGUCAUGCGGGCUAGACAAUAAAGCCCAUAUAUGGUGCACACAAACUGGCAAAAAUUUAAAUCUAGACUUUUCAGUAAAUAGCAUGGGAACAAGAACUUCACAAUUUGCAAUAUCUCAAGGAAGUGCACCAGAUUUGAUAUUUAUGCCAAAUGGUAAAAGUAUAGAUGCAUUCGAUUUAAACACGGGGAAAAGACAAUAUACGUUACAUGGUCAUUUCAGACAAGUUACAUGUUGCUACUAUCAUGCCGAUUUUCAUGAAUUGUAUUCCGGUAGUGGUGAUAGAAAUAUUCUAGUUUGGGAAGCAAAAACGGGAACCAGUGUUAACUAUGUGUGUAAGAAGGAAACAAAGAGUGUGAAACAGGAACCAGGAAGUGAAUUACUGGUGACAAAUAUGGAACCAGUUACAGCAAUACAAGCUACUGCUGAUAGUUGGAGUAGUGACGAAGAAACUUGAAAUGUAUAUUUAAGAAUAGGAAACAGUUUAUAUAUAACAAACAUUGAAAGUUAUGAGUUAUUUUGGUUUGAUCUGAAGUUAAUUUCUGUUCAACUGAAUUUUUUGGAUUUGACUUAACUUGCCUUGAAUUUGGAAGUAUUGGUGCUAUAUUUCAGGAGUUACAAUAUCAGAAUACAAAUGUUUUGUGCAAUAUACUACAGUGUCUGGUCAGACCAUUGGGUUACCUCAAUAGGUAAAGCGUUGGACCAUAACUCAGGUGACCGGGAUUUGAACCCCGACAGUGGAGUUCUCUUUCGUUGUGAUUGAUCAUGAGAUCCUUUUUACCGUCAUUUGUAUUGUAUCUCUGCUCUGGCAUAUACAGAAAGUUUCAGUACCAUGUGAAAAUGAAGGCAACUAGUAUUGGUAAACUGCUUGACAUCCUAUCCAGCUGAAAUGUGCUCUGGUAAGUUCAAUGUGGCUAACUGCCAUGAUCUGGAGUGAAAAUUACCAACACCACCACACAUUUACAACAGCUGGCUUGCUGGUUUCAUACUGUUCAGUUAUGUUGAUUAUUAUGAUUUUGCAGCAUAUAGUUGAUGUUUCUGUACUGUUCUGAAAAAAUUACUGUCAAUUUCAAAUUAAAUAAACAGACAACUUGUGUUAGUGUGUGCUUAAUAUAUCUCAUUAACUUUGAUAAACCAUUUCUCAGUUUUACUAUUCUUGUUGGUUUUUUUUUUUUUUUUUUUUUACAAUAUUGGGUUUAGGAAAAAAACAAAAGUGACUGAAAAAACUAUUUUGAGACAAUUAUUUCAUUUCAUGAAGGUCAAGACCAUUAACUUGUGUGCAAAAUUUUAGAUCAUUUGCUCACUCCAUUUAUUCUUAUUGUGAAAAAUGGUUCAAAUUUGAAAACACUUUUCACUUAAAUGGGGCAAAGAAUGGCACAAAAAUUCGAUUUUUAGUUUAUUUCAGAGUAUAUUUCUUUGUUAUCUCUUGCACAUCUCUCUGUUUUAAGUGUCCAAGUUUAUUUAUGUGAGAAAUUUGAAUUUUAUAUUUUUAGUCUUUUGGACCUCAGUGGAGUUCCUUUAAAGGGUCAAGUAUUUAUCAAUAUAUUUACAUAUUUGUAAUUUAAUGUUUAUUGUAUAUCAGUAAACUGGCUUGAUUGUAGGUCUGUCUUUUUACACCAUAGCAUUUAAUUAGAAUAAAUUCGUUGAAAGAAAAGUGAAAGCUUACAUUUCAAAAAUGUUAUAUUGUUUAUAUAAAAAGCUGUACUUUAUUGUAACUGUUAAAAAGGAUCUUCUAGUAGUUUGGGUGAAUAUUUUAUUAUGUUAUUGCAUUUGCAAGAAGAAUAAUUUCCAAUUUUCGUUGUUUGGUAGAAUAUUUAAUAGAGGAUAUUGAAUGAGUGUAAGUUCAAUACUAAAUUUAUUGCACGAGUUGAAUAAAAUUAUAUUAUGUGAGCCUCUGACGAGCAUAAUAUUAUUUAAUUCAACGAGUGCAAUAAAUUCAGUAAUGAACCCACACAAAUUUAAUAUUCUAUUUAUCACAUACCAAAAAUAAAGACUGUUUAAAGUGAAAUAAGAGUCAUUUUUCAUUGACGCGCCUAAAGAAUACUAGUAACGCUAACAUUAAGCGCGUCUUUACGCUAAGUUUGUAUAACACUUGUCAUGUCAAAAUAUAUGCACGGCCAUGCAAUACCUUAUUUACGGAGUCGCAAAAUCGGCACGGGUGUGUGAUGAAUUAUGUUAUUGCAUUUGUUGCAAAAAGAAAAUAAUUAUUUUCAAUUUCAAUUUAUAAAAACAGUUACUUUUUAAAGAAUGAAAAAACAAGUGCAUCUUUGAUCAGCUUUGAUAAAAAAAAAAGAAAUCUUGCAAACAUUUAACUUUGCUGAAAAUUUCAAAGGAAACCUCAAAUUCUCCAUGUGUUUUUCCAACAUUUUACCAUUUUCCCUCUGAAAUUUCUCUGCCAUUUUAAAAUUUCCAAAAUAGUAAAGUCUUAGGGAGCACAAGAAGUUUUUUUAUGUGUUGUUACUUUGAAUUGUCCUAGGCAAUUUGUGAGAAAUAAAUUAAU